AUGGACAGAAUAAUGCAUCAAAUAUUUCUUUUGAACAGGCACAUGUUGUUUUUCAUGAAGGAAAACAUACUGCCGAUUUCCAUUCUAGUAACACCACUCACAAUCUACUUUGUCUUCAAAAAGUCGAGAAGAAUGACUAGUCUUGAUCAUUUGCCUCGCAGGUUCAAAAGCUUUGAAUUUAAAGGCAUUGUCACAAAGGUUGGGGAUGGGGAUGGAUUCAAGGUUGUACACAUGCCCCUUUUGAGAUUCAAAUCCAGUAUCAAGGGUAUAGAGCCACUCUCGAUACGGCUUGCCGGGAUCGAUGCGCCUGAGGUGAGAUUCUUCGACAGGCCUGAGCAGCCCUUUGCCAAAGAGGCAAGGGAGGAACUGAGAAGGCUGGUCUUGAACAAAAAGGUUAAAAUUAGAGUGCUGGAUAUUGACCAUUAUCGAAGAAUUGUAGCAAUGGUGUUUGUUCGGAAAAAUACCUUUCAAAAUCUAAAUGUGAAUUUAGAAAUGGUAAAGAAAGGGCUGGCCUGUGUGUACGACAGUGCCAAAACAUCAUUUGGAGGGCUUAAAAGUAGAUUUAUUGAGGAAGAAAAGAGGGCGCAAAAGAAAAAACUGGGAAUUUGGAGCGACCCAUCAUUCAUUUUGCCUAGAGAAUUUAAGGAGAAACACCGAAUGAGGUAG